AGAGAGAGAGAGACUAAGAGAGACGCGAUAGCGAGCGACGUGGAGUGAUCGCGCGCGCACGCCUUCGUUGCCUGUGCCGUGCCGAGCCGUGCCGUGUGCGUUUCGUUUCGAUGGUUCUGCGUUCCGUUGCGCGUAUCGCACGUUUUCGCUCCGGCGCUCCGCGAAGAAACCUGGGCGCCGCCCCGUCGUAUCUGGACUUCUGGACCGCGAUCCCGAUUCCCAAUCGAGCGUGUCCCUCAAAAAGAAGGUGUAUUCGCGAGCAGUGAUAUACACGCGAGUCGGCUGACACAUCGCGAUCUCUCGAGCGUGACGAGAGUCGUGGUGUCGCAAGCGUGCGAGGGAGAAGGAAGGAGCGAGUAGAGCGACGGUGGCGCGGGGUGAAAAACUGCCGGACGCGGGUGGAUAAUACCGAAAGAGACAAGGGACACUAACGUGCGCGGACGGUGUUAUAUCGGAACGCGCGGGCGCGCGCGUUCAUCGCGAACAUAGCCGACAUAGCUUACAUAGCCGACAUAGCGGCGGAUCGGACGGUAAAUAACGACACGACGUUUCUAUCUCGUAAUCACUCGUAAUCGCGCGCGACGUUCAUUCAAGAAUGCGUUAAUUACGCGCGACCGGCGGUUAAACGUGCGUGUCGGUACUUGCUUGUGACGUGCGACGAGUUAUAUCCUCGCGUGGUGCUCGCGAGAGAAAGGGGGAGAGAGAGAGAGAGAGAGCGCGCGCGAGAGAGAAAGAAAGAGAGAGAUAAAAGAUCACACAACGCUGAGCUGGGUUAACGGCGGAUCGAGAUGCUCAAGUUCAUCAGAGGGAAGGGCCAACAGCCCACGGCCGAGCGGCAGAAGCUACAGAAGGAUCUCUUCGCUUUUCGAAAGACGGUGCAGCAUGGUUUCCCGAACAAGCCAACUGCUCUCGCCUGGGAUCCGAGUCUGCGGCUGAUGAUCAUCGGCACGGCAUCCGGCGCCAUCAAGGUUUUCGGAAGGCCAGGCGUAGAGUUCUAUGGACAACAUUCCGUUGAAAGCGGUGAGAAUGCCGUCACGAAGAUCGUCGCGCUGCCCAAUGAGGGUCGCGUGGUGUCCUUGUGUGACGACAAUUCAUUACAUUUAUGGGAAAUUAACAGAAGUUCCGUGGUGGAAACGAAGACAUUGUCGUUGGAAGGGAAAUUGAAAAAGAUUUCCGCAAUGUGUCUCGAAUCUAGUGGGGAACAUCUCUUGUUAGGAACGGAAGGAGGCAACAUCUAUUUGCUGAACUUGAAAACUUUCGUUACCCCGGAGAAUAUUAUCUAUCAAGAUGUUGUGAUGCAAAACGUUCCGGAAGACUACAAGAAAAAUCCAGGAGCGGUCGAAGCUAUAGCUGAGCAACCAGGGCACCCGGAUAACAUCCUGAUCGGCUAUAAUCGAGGUUUGAUGGUAUUGUGGAACAAAGCUACUCCAGGAGCUCAGCAGCUGAUGGGUUUGUUUUCGCGUGCGCAGACAUUCGUCUCCACGCAACAGCUGGAAUCGGUCCAUUGGAUAUCCGAGAAUCGCUUUGUCUCGUCACACAACGACGGUUCCUAUGCGUUUUGGAGUCCUGGUAGCGACGCCGUGCCGGAGCCCACGACUCUUUACGGGCCAUUUCCGUGUAAAGCCGUCACCAAAAUCCUCGUGUAUCCUACCGCGGAACACGGCGAGCUCGUAUUAUUCUCCGGUGGUAUGCAACGCGCCAGUUAUGGAGACAGACAUACAAUUACUGUCAUGACCAAGGAGAAACAUUUAGUUUUUGACUUUACGUCUAAAAUUAUCGAUUUUUUCACCGUCUUCCCUAAGGAGGAGGAAGAGAACAAUGAGAACCCUAUCGGUCCGGAAGCGCUUAUAGUAUUGGCUGAGGAAGAAUUAGUAGCUAUAGAUUUGACCAAUCCUGAAUGGAAGAUGAUGGCUUUGCCCUAUCUAGUAUCUCUCCAUGCGAGUUCGGUGACUUGUUCCCAACAUGUGCCUAAUGUACCCGAAGAACUUUGGGAAGCGAUCGUAGAAGUCGGUAAAGCGCAGACCGAGCAUCUUUAUUCAGACAAGUCGUGGCCCAUCGACGGUGGCAUAAUCCUCUGCCGAAAGCCAGCGAAUCCUGACAAACCUAGAAACAAGGAUCUGCUACUUACUGGACAUGAGGACGGCACUGUCAGGUUCUGGAAUGCGUCCGACGUUGCUCUGACUCCUCUAUACAAGUACAACUCGUCGAUCCUGUUUACUGGCGAGCAUUUGGACGUUCUCGAGCAACCUCCAGAGGACGACGAGGAUGAGUGGCCGCCAUUCAAGAAAGUAGGAAUUUUUGAUCCAUACUCUGAUGAUCCGCGACUCGCUGUGAAAAAGGUUCUCCUCUGUCCGUUGUCCUCGACAUUGGUGGUCGCUGGUACAGCUGGACACAUUAUAACUGCUACCAUCUCCUCGGAACCGAUCAAUAAGGAGAUAAAAGCCGUAAUAAUGAAUAUUGUCAACGAUCGCGACGGAUUUGUAUGGAAAGGUCACGAUCAUCUACCACCAAGAACGACGAGUAUAUCAUUCGCGGUUGGAUUUCAACCACAAAGUCUUCUACAGUUGUACCCACCGGCCGCCGUUACGGCGUUAGCAUUACACAGCGAAUGGGGAUUACUUGCCGCUGGAACAGCGCACGGACUUGCGGUCUUUGAUUAUAUCAGAUCAAAAUCCGUCAGUGUCAAAUGCACGCUUAAUCCAAAUGAUCUUUCCGGUGCAGGUGACACUCCUAUCUCCCGACGUAAGUCUUUCAAAAAAUCUCUUAGAGAAUCUUUCAGGAGAUUGAGAAAGGGACGUUCGCAACGUCGAGCAAAUACUAAUAGUCCUACACGAAAUCCUGCACCGGAGAAAAAGAAAGAUAGCGUUGCUUCUUCACCGAGUGGCGAUCCAUCACCAACGGAAUUAAAACCAGUGGAGAGACAAGUGGAAGCGAGACCAGUUGACGAUGCUCUAGGCUCUAUGGUUCGGUGCUUGUACUUUGCCAGAAGUUACAUUAUUAGUCUACAAAAUACAACACCCACACUUUGGGCGGGCACUAACAACGGCACGGUUUACGUCUUCACGUUAGCUAUACCAGCCGGUGUGAGGAGAACGGAAGAAGACGUCAACUGUACACUGGGUAAAGAAAUACAAUUGAAGCAUCGUGCACCCGUAAUUGCGAUCACGAUUCUCGAUGGAUCCAGCGUGCCGUUGCCGGAACCCUACGAAGCCGAAAAGGGCGUGACGGCUGGACCUGAUACGACUUCCACGCACAGAGUCGUAAUUGCUAGCGAGGAACAGUUCAAGAUUUUUAAUCUUCCGUCCUUGAAGCCGUAUUGCAAGUACAAAUUGACCGCUCACGAAGGGUCUAGGGUACGAAAAACAGGAUUCGCGAAGUUCUGGUGUUACGUUGAGCCAGCAGGAACUCACGAGGAAACUUGCUUGCUUUGCCUAACGAAUCUUGGUGAUUGUCUGGUACUGAGUAUACCGGAACUGAGAAGACAGUUGAAUGCUGCUGCAAUCAAAAGAGAGGACAUUAAUGGUAUUUCUUCCUUGAUAUUUACAAAAGCUGGAGAAGCGCUGUAUCUUCACUCGAGUUCGGAACUCCAACGAAUUUCUCUGUCAACCGCGAAGAUGACAAAAGCGCAUUGCGCGCUUAAUUUACCACCGCAUGCCAGAUCGUUCGCGGUAAAUACUAACGAAGUUGCACAAGAGCAAGGUGUUGUCGAAGGUGCACCUGAAACCGAAGGGGAGACGCAGGAAAGUCAACCACCAACGGCGGCAAACAGAAUUAUUACGGAAAAUGGUGUAGUAAGUGCCACUGGAGAGGAAGAAUCUCCGAAGGAACCGUCGCUGCGACCAGCUACAAGUAGUAUAGAUGUAAACGGAGAAGACGACCGUCAGGAUUUAAGUUCUAUCGGAGAUAUUACGAUCGACAGUGUUAAAGAUCAUUUGCUUAACAGUCCACUUUUCAGAAACGCGACAUCUUCCGAAGAUCUCCAUAAUCGUUUGGCAGGACUUAAGAUGGAGGUGACUUCACGAACUUCCGAAAUAUCCACUCAAAAUCAGUCCCUAGUGGUGAAAACGACCACUGUGGUUACACAAACCACGAAUAGCACGACCGCUAAUGGCGAAAUCGAGACGAGUCAAGCGAACGAAACGCAACACGUAAACAGCACUACAGUAGAGCGAGAGAUACGCAGCGGUAUUGAGACAACAACGACACACGCUACCAUCACUCUGCCCCCGAACGUCGAGAUUAAUGCCGCGGAUUUGGCCAAUUUGGAAGUCACCACGACUACAGUGACUACUACCACAGAAAGAUCCAAGGCGCCGUUGGCUAGGCCAGAAGAAGUCGGUUCGUAGGCCUGUUCCAUAUCGUUUUUCCAUGCUGACCAUGCAUCGAUUUCGUGCUCCAUUUACAAGAAGAGCCAUCAAUAAUUAGUUACUUUUACUGAAUAAACGUGUACACAGCGGCGAUAUAGAUAGGAUUUAUAUAUCAUAGAUUUUUUUAAGAAAUUUAGAUUUCUAUGCAACAUUUCAGCGAUGAUCACUUGCGCCGCGCGAGCGACGAGUGAUUAAUUUUUAAUACGAAUUUUACGCAUUUUCAUUGACAUUUAUAUCAUUGUAUUCCACUUGAAAGUGUUCCAAAUGAAUAGCUUUUGGAAUUGAUGGGAAUCAAUGAUUUUUAACGAAAAUAGGCCUAGAAAAUAUUUUAUUUAUGGUAUAAGAAAUACAAAUCCUCAUUAUGCUUAUUUUAAAAGUAAAAAUAUUUAAAUUUUUAUUAUUGAUGAGAAGACAAUUUUAUGAAAGAAUAUCGUAUAAAAAAAUAUAAUUUUAGAAUAAAUUUAAACGAUUUUUAUCACGAGGAUUAACCUUUUGCAUGGCCGAUUUUAACUUGUUCAUUAAUUUAAUAAUGAACUCUGGUGCAUGUUAUAUAAUCAGUAUAAUCGUAGAGUUUUAAAAAGGAUUAUAGUUUACUGAGAGAUAGGGAGAAUGAUGAAACACAUCACAAACCAUGAAUUGUGGCAGCCUUAAAUCUACUGUUAUUUUAUAUUUUUUUAAUUAUUGAAGACAUGCGACACAUCCGCAGUAUCCGCAGUAUUUGAAACGUUUUAAGCGUCUUGUUAUAGUUCUUCGCAAAAGUAUAGUGCGAUAGAGAUGCUUUGAACAUCAAAAAAAUGUAGCUACUUAAGUAGAGUUAUAUAUUUGACGAACAAGCGAGGAGAUUAAACAUGGCUUUAAUCGAAGAAUAAAACCUGUCGAUGGCCAUGAUGUAGCGAGAACGCGUUGAAAAGUAUAUUUUUUAUCAAUGUUGCUUAAUCGUUAAGUUUCCUCUCUCUUCGCGUUAUCGAAGAGUGUGUCACCGUACGUUCGAGGGAUCCUCGAAUAUUCGGGAACGCUUAACGUACUACAUAAUAUUGACAUAGUUAUUUUAUUGUUGCAUUUAUCCGCAGUCUUUUUCUAGAACGUAAUAGUCGCAUGAAUAGUCUUUAAUAUGAUAGGCUAUUACAAAAUGCGUUUCUUGAUACUUUAUCAAUUUUUAAAAACAUACUACAUAUAUAUAUACAAUAUAGCUUUUUUCGCAGCAAAUUGAUAUAUUUCGUAGCUUAUCUUUUUACAAGAAUACCAAUUAUAUUUUAUAAUUUUGAUCUCAAGUAGAAUUGUCAUGGGAAUAAUUUAUACUCCGGAAACUGCAGUUUUCGUUAAUCACACACAUGCGCCGAUAAUCUCUUAAAAGAAUAAAAAUGUUGAAUAAAAAUGAAUCCCAAGUGCAACAGACUGAUGGAAAUGUGCCCUUCUUCUUGUCACAUUUUUAUAUGACAUUAUUUUUUAUCAUUUUACUGAUCAUUUUUGAUCACAUUAAUUUGUUUUCCUUAUAUAUAAAUAAUACAUAUGAUCAAAAUUUGAAUUAAUAAUCUUAACUCUAAAUAUAUGGCGGUAACAUUAUUCUUUUAGUGCGAUAAGUUUUAAUCUUUAUAGAUAAGUUUUUAACAUCCUCUAAAAUUUUUUUGCAAUUUUAUUGACAAAUCUAUGUUGAAUACAUUUUAAUCUUUGAAGCAUAAUGUAUUGUCAUGUUUCGCACAUGUGUGUGUUUCACCCAUGUUUGAAAAGCUAAAAAAGUACAUCUACGGUGUUAAAAUGAAUUUUAAUUUUUAAUCGCUAAGUGUAAAGUACUAUUAACGAUACUUCAUUUUAUCGAAUCGAUGCCGAGCUUGCUGAGAUACGCGCAUUGUAAAUUAUUUUUUACUUUGAUAAAGUAAUGUAUAGUGUACACACAAAAUAAGAAAUUGAAACACUGCCCCUAAAACUUUCCUAUCCGACACUGUUAAAUACCGAUUGUAACAUGUCAUAUUGAAUGCCUAUUACGAUGAAAUAUAUAAGUAAUUAUUAAUGUAUUUUCUAUUUCAAA